GUUCUCAUUUUCUGCAAACACAAGUGGAGAAUGCAAGCCUUUGAACUUUCCCUCAUUGUGUCUCUGAUUUCAGUGACUUCAUUUGCACAGGACCCAGUUCCUAUAAAGACGACUCUGAUAUUGAAGGCUCCACAAGAACGAGUAUACAUUGGAGACACUGUGACUCUAGAAUGCAAUGUUGAAGACACCGUUAAUACUUGGAUAUUUCGAUGGUUCAUAAAUAAUCAGCAAUUCAGGGGUCACACUGAUCAAAACACUCAAAUAAUCCAGUUUGUGAAUUCAUCUUACAACGGAGUGUACACAUGUGAUGCCUACAGACGCGAUACUCGUGCCCACUCACUGUCCAGCAAUGCUGUCUUAUUGGUAGUCCAAGAAAGGUCAACCACAUUAAAGGUGAUUUCUGGACGUAGAGGUGGAGAGAUAUAUGUAGGAGAUGAAGUCCAGCUGCUCUGUCUUCUUGAUGGUGAUCCACUUGGCUGGAGAUAUGAGCUGCAGAAGACCGGAGAUGAAAACUCUAAUAAAACACAAAGGGCGCAGAGCUUCACCAUCAAGCCUGUGAGUCUUUCACAUAGUGGAGAGUACAAGUGUCGGGCUUCAAAAGGAGAGCUUCAUACAGAUUUUAGUGACCCCAUUCAGUUACAUUUGAAAGAUUUUUCACUCCAGAAUUACCUUCGACUUGGAGCAGCGGGGCUGGUGCUGAUCGUGCUGGCAAUCAUUAUGAGCAAGUGUUUCUGGAACAGGGUGCUCCCAGCUGGCGAUUCCAGUGGAUAUGCAUAUACUUCAGGGCAAAGAGGGUCGGAAAGUUAUUUGAACCUGUAAAAGACACGAACAUUCCUGAUGUCCUGCAUAGGGUAUCAUGAAGCUUCUGUGGUGAUACCAGCAUUCCCUUAACAUUUAUGUUUCUAUAAAAGUGCACACAACUGCAGAUUAAAAAAAAAAGUCUCAAGUCACACACUUCAUUUACAUAAUUUUAGUGAGUCAGAGACCAUCAUGGCACAGUCCUGUGAUGGCCGGUUGUGAUGACUCAGUACCACUGGUCUGUGUGACAGUCUGGGUUGGUUUCAUAGUCCGUGGCAGCUUAAACUCAGAAUCAUCGACAGUCAUAAACCAAGGAUGAGCUGGGCAGAUGAGGACACACAGUCAAGAGGUGGUGCAAAGUGCUUCAGUGAUUUUAUUACAAAGAAACAAAGUUUACAAAAUAAAUAAUCUAUGAAAUCAAUAUACAAAAUGUAGAUAGAUAGAUAGCGUAGUCGGUAGGAUUAGAUAGAUAGAUAGAUAGAUAGAUAGAUAGAUAGAUAGAUAGAUAGAUAGAUAGAUAGAUAGAUAGAUAGCGUAGUCGGCAGGGAUAGAUAGAUAGAUAGAUAGAUAGAUAGAUAGAUAGAUAGAUAGAUAGAUAGAUAGAUAGAUAGCAUAGUCGGCAGGAUUAGAUAGAUAGAUAGCGUAGUCGGCAGGGAUAGAUAGA